AUGGAUAGAUACCAAAGGGUGGAGAAGCCUCGGAAUGAGACACCGAUUCGUGAGAACGAGAUCAGGAUCACUGCGCUCGGGAGGAUGAGGAACUAUAUCGGCUACGGGAUGUCGUUGCUUGAGGAAAAUGGGCAUGAUGAGAUCACUAUCAAAGCCAUGGGACGUGCCAUAAAUAAGACGGUCAUGGUUGCUGAAUUGAUCAAGAGAAGGGUUGCUGGUCUCCAUCAGAAUACGUCUAUUGAAUCUGUUGGCAUCACUGACACAUGGGAGCCUCUGGAAGAAGGCCUUGUCCCGCUAGAGACAACUCGUCAUGUAUCAAUGAUUACCCUAACAUUGUCCAAGGAACCAUUGGAUACAUCAUCUCCAGGGUACCAGCCACCCAUACCAGCUGAAGAGGUGAAACCUGCUUUUGAUUAUGAACACGAAGGAUCCUUUCCCUCUGCUCGUGGUAGAGGUCGUGGUGGACCUGGUGGCGGCCGAAGGGGCAGGGGCAGAGCUAUUAGCAAUGGACCCCCUCCUUAUGACUGGGGUGAAGAAUGGGAGGAGGAUGGAGACUAUUACCACAAUGGUAGAGGCAGAGGGAGAGGCCGGCUAAGAGGAAGGGGAAGAGCCCGUGGCUACUACGGAGGUGGUCGACGUGGUGGCUAUGGCUAUGAUUACGGUUAUGGUGGCAGGGGUGGCUACUAUGAAGAGCGGGGUGGAUACUUUGAUGGGGAACCAGAUGAGUAUCAACCCCCUCCAGGCCGUGGGCGUGGCAGGGGAAGAAGAAUGGAGCAGAAUGAAUACUACAAUGGCGAACCAGAUGAGUAUCGCCCUCCUCCAGGCCGUGGGCGUGGCAGGGGAAGAUGGAUGGAGCAGAAUGAAUACUUCGAUGGAGAACCUUAUGAAUACCCCCCUCCAGGCCGUGGUCGUGGCAUGGGAAGAAGGGGAGGCCCAUGGCGCGCCCGAGGCCGCGGGCGUGGUCCGAUGCUCGAUUGA